CAGAAACAUCUGUCAGUGAAAUGCAAUGAAAUUCCAUAUCACUCUUUCUAUCCACCACAUUUGUAGAUCUACUGUGAGUUCUAUUUUGUCGAGUUCACUUUUAUUUGACUGAUGUAUGGUGCGCAGUUAUUCUGACAGAGUGGGACUUCAUUCUUUCUAACUCAUCUUUGAUGCAAACCACCCUUUUCAAAACACAGUCCGUGUAUUUUUAGACUACACCAUACAAUAAAUGUUUCCGCGCGGACUUAAUACAAGAGCCUUAAUAACCCACUCGACACAUUUUACGGUUUUGCGGACGUGUCACUGAAUUAAAGCUGCCACAAUGUUGUUUAGGUUCGGAGUCAUUCUCACUCCGGAGUCUUCGGAUGUAAAGGUCUUUGUUUUGGGUUCGCGUGAGGAAAUGGGCCAUUGGGACUUGAGCGCAGCGGUUCCGAUGUCAGCCUCUCAGAAGCUCCUGUCCACCCUUGAACCGUGUCUGUGGACCGGCGACGUGCAGCUGGCAGAGCCGUACGAAGACACAUUGUGGUUCAAGUUCGUCAAAAGAGUGAGAGGCACUUAUAUCUGGGAAGGUAGCAAUCCGAGCCAUGACAGGUGUUGUUCAUUUGAUGAGAAGAACAUAGUGGAUGGAGUUUACUGCCAUCCGAUUGGUCACUGGAUAGAGGAAACAGGACACACAGAUGAGAUGAAACACACCACCAACUUUUACUUCAGUGUGGCUGGUCAGAAUGCCAUUCAUUUCUCCAGGGUGCUGCCACGUAUUUGGCUGGGAAGCUGCCCUCGACAGGUGGAACAUGUGACCAUAAAGAUGAAGCAGGAAUUGGGGAUUACUGCAGUGAUGAACUUCCAGACAGAGUUGGAUGUGGUAAACAACUCUAAUGGCUGCAGGCACGACCCAGGGGAAGCCAUGACCCCGGAGAAGAUGAUGCGCCUGUACAAAGACUGUGGACUGCUGUACGUGUGGAUACCCACUCCUGACAUGAGCACUGAGGGUCGCAUUAGGAUGCUUCCCCAGGCAGUGUAUCUGCUCCAUGGGCUCUUGGAAAAUGGUCACACUGUCUAUGUUCACUGUAAUGCUGGAGUGGGCAGGUCGACUGCAGCUGUGUGCGGCUUGCUCCUGUACGUCCUCGGCUGGAGUCUGAGGAAGGUGCAGUACUUCGUUACAGCCAGAAGGCCGGCAGUGUACAUAGACGAGGAGGCUUUAGUCCAGGCUCAAACCGACUUCAUCCAGAAGUUUGGACAACUACGAUCAUCCAUCUCUCACCAAGAGACAUGAGAAUUGAACUCGAUUGUACCAAAGUCUUGACAUUGAAGCCACAUCUACAGGUAUUGAAAGCUCCACUGGACUAGACUCUUGGAAAUGAUUCUUUACAAUGUGAAAGAAACACUGUAUAGUCAGCAAGAACAUUUACUUACUUUCACUUUGAUGUAAUUCAAGUAAAUGACCCACUUUAGAUAUGGAAACCAAGUUGAUCCCUAAGUAUCUGGAGAGAGUUCUGCUGGCUGUCGGCAUGGAAGCAAUAAUCCUACUGUAAUGUGUUGGCUUUUAACUUAAUAACCCUCUGCCAUUUAGCACACACAGUUAAAACAUCGUUAGUUUCAGGACACUAUCAGUAUUUAAAUGUCUGCAUGGUGUUGGAAAGACCUUUUCUUUUUGUAGUGAACAAUACAUAGAGUUGGCAUUUUGAGAAGGCACUUUUUAGCUGAUGGGUUGGACAGCAAUGUAUGAGAAUAAAUUAAAUCAAAACAAUAUAUCAAUCAAUAUAUAACAGUAGCACUGUUUGCUCUCAUCCAAUGAGCUGUGAUUCUCAGUAAAGGAUUAGUCCACAUUGUUAUUGUGUAUCAAAUGAGAAAAUACCCUCUUUAAUUCGGAGGGGGAAAUUAUCAAUAAUAUCUUACUUUGAAAAGAGGUCUUAACGUUUGGCACUUCAUGCCAAAGCAACAAAUCCAUUCCAAAACUCAAAUAAACAACAAUGCCUCUCCCGCUCCCAAACAUUGAAGCAUUCAGCUCCGCCCAUCUCUCUCAGCGAGCUUGAUGGCAUUUCAUCUUUAUUUAUUAAUCCGACAGAUGCUAUUCCGACCCAUCUCCAUCAAUAAUGAAAACAACAUCUAGGCCAGACCAUUUUAAUGCAUACAUAAUAAGACAUUAUUGGAGUACUGUUUGUUGUCAAUUCUGAAUGUCUGCCUAGACUCCUAUUGAGGAUAUAUUGCUUUUUUUAAUACAGUGUUUUUGUUACCUGAUUUAAGACAUUUGGUGGAUUGGAAAGGAGAAAGGAGCUUUCUCAUCGAGCACAAUUCAUAUUCUCCUUUUCUUUCAAUGAGUCCCUUCAGCAGACAGCCCUUUUUGAGGCUUUCAGUGUGAUUAGGUAAAACUAAUUAUCCAUGCAUGAGAGCCAGCUGAAGCAAAUCAUUGUCGAAAUGUUCUCAAAAAUAUGAACAAAAACGGAAUAUGGAAUGAGUGACAUGAGACAUAUGAACUAUGAAUUACGCAAAACACCUCAACAUUAUUGACUCCUAAAUUGAACUCUACUAUGAACUUGAGAUUAGUACGUAAGGGAUGUAUCGUGUCACAGUGUUGCUGAUCAGAUUGUGCUCCACAUCAUCAAAUCCCUUACUGCAGCAUGCAAGCCUUCCUUCCCCACUGUCAUAUCUACAGUAUCUAAUAAAGGCAGAAAAGGCUCAAAGAACAUAUCAUUGUGUGUUUUGCAGAACCCCUUGUCUGAGGGACAAUGAUAUAUGACAUGGUUACUUGUUGCAGGAUGCAGACACUAGGAAUAGAAAGAACAGGGUGCACAAAGUAUUAUGUCUUUCUACAAAAAUAAAAUAUAUAUUCUUUGGCUAUAUAUAUCUAACCGUUUCCUAAUU